AUGGCUUAUCACAAUUUCAUGACGACUGUACUUCACGAAAAAGCCGAGUUCACACGAGCGUGGCAUCUCGGUGAUUUAUACCGUGAUCGAUUAUGCUCAGGACAAAUUCAGUUAUGGCAAUUUCUGCUUGAACUACUCAGUGACUCGAGCAAUGCAGGCUGCAUCACUUGGGAAGGCACAAAUGGAGAGUUUAAACUAACAGAUCCAGAUGAAGUGGCGCGGCGAUGGGGUGAACGGAAGUCCAAACCAAACAUGAACUACGAUAAACUGAGUCGAGCCCUAAGAUAUUACUACGACAAGAACAUAAUGACGAAGGUACACGGCAAGCGGUACGCAUACAAGUUUGACUUCCAAGGGCUAGCAGCUGCAACUCAGCCGGCGGCCACAGACCAGGCGUACAAAUACCAGAGCGAUCUAUUUAUGAGCUCAUAUCAUCAUUCGGCGAAGUUGUCUUCCUUUAUGGCACCUCAUGCAGCGAUGCCAACGUCAACAGCGUCAAUAUUUCCAUCAGCAUCUUGGAGUAAUUGGGGCGGUGGUGGCAGCAACCUCUACUCGCCACAUUCAAUGGCUCCUCCCCACGUCGCGUCGCACCUGGGCUCAUAUCCACAUUACGCAUGA